AUGGCGGCGGGCGGCGGAGGCGGCGGCCGGGCCUCCUCCUCCUCCUCCUCGGCCGCCGCCUCCUCGUCCUCGGCCGGCGCGCUGGAGGCCUCGCUCGAUAGGAAGCUACAGGCAGUAACCAACACGAUGGAAUCCAUCCAGGGCCUCUCCUCCUGGUGCCUGGAGAACAAGCGGCAUCACAACACCAUCGUCUACCACUGGAUGAAGUGGCUGCGUCGCUCUGCCUUUCCUCAUCGGCUGAACCUUUUCUACUUGGCCAACGACGUCAUACAGAACUGCAAGAGGAAGAACGCCAUCGUCUUCCGCGACACCUUCGCCGAGGUGCUCCCGGAGGCAGCCUCGCUGGUGAAGGAUCCAUCAGUUUCCAAAUCUAUUGAAAGAAUCUUCAAAAUCUGGGAGGACAGGAAUGUGUACCCCGAGGAGACCAUUUUGGCACUGAAAGAAGCUCUGAGUACCACUUUCAAAACUCAGAAGCAGCUGAAAGAAACUCUGAACAAACAACCGAAUAAGCCGUGGAAGAAAGCACAAACAUCCACCAACCCAAAAGCUGCUUUGAAGUCCAAGAUUGUUGCUGAAUUCAGACCCCAGUCUCUGAUUGAUGAGUUGCUGUUGUAUAAACGCUCAGAGGAUCAGAUAGAGCUGAAAGAGAAGCAGCUUUCCACCAUGAGGGUGGAUGUGUGUAGCACAGAAACACUUAAAUGCUUAAAAGACAAAACAGGAGGAAAGAAGUUCUCCAAGGAGUUCGAAGAAGCCAGUUCAAAGCUGGAGGAGUUUGUGAAUGGCUUGGACAAGCAAGUGAAGAACGGCCCCUCGCUCACAGAGGCCCUGGAGAACGCUGGCAUCUUCUAUGAGGCACAGUAUAAGGAGGUCAAGGUGGUGGCAAAUGCCUAUAAAACGUUUGCUAACCGAGUGAGCAACCUGAAGAAGAAGCUGGACCAGCUGAAGGCCACCCUUCCUGACCCAGAGGAGUCUCCUGUCCCCUCUCCCAGCAUGGAUGCCCCAUCUCCAACCGGCUCUGAGUCCCCAUUCCAGGGGAUGGGGGAGGAGGAGGCCUCCCGGUCUCCAGCGGGUGGAGGUCGCAAGCCAGGAUCUCCGGAGGCCGUGACGGAUAACAGGGAUGUGGAGGACAUGGAGCUGUCUGAUGUGGAGGAUGAUAGCUCCAAAAUCAUUGUGGAAGAGAGGAAGGAGAAGCAGACAGCACCAGCUGCGGUGUCCACCAAGACUGAAAGUGUCCCCAAAGUGGUUCCUUCAAGCACAGCAGCUGGCACCACCUCAGUGACAGUGACGAUGCCUGCCACGACCCCGGCAACCCCUCCGGCGCCCAAGGCAGCGGGCACGGCGCCCAUCCCUCCCUCACCAGCACUGGCCUUGCCCAACCUGGCCAAUGUGGACCUGGCCAAGAUCAGUUCCAUUCUCAGCAGUUUAACUUCCGUAAUGAAGAGCACAGGUGUCAGCCCUGCCUCCAGACCUUCUCCAGGAACCCCAACCAGUCCCACAGCUCUCACGAGUGGCCUGAAGACUCCCAUCAUGGGGACUCCAUCUGCUCCUUCAAAUCCCUUGGCAAAUAUUCUCUCCAAGGUGGAAAUAACUCCUGAGAGUAUUUUGUCUGCGCUCUCCAAAACCCAGACUCAGACUGCACCAGCGCUGCAAGGUCUGUCAUCCCUGCUGCAGAGCGUGGCUGGAAACAGCGUUCAGUCGAGCGACACCGCAUCGCAGAGCACUUCGGCCUCGCCAGCCAACACAACUGUCCCUUGCCUGAAGGGGAGGAAUGUUCCACCCAAUCCUCAGUCCUUCAUUUCCAAAGGUUUUGGUUACUCUCCAAACUCAUCUACUGCUGAGGUCUCCUCCACUUCAGUUAAUAAGGCUUCUGUUGGACACACCCCAGGGCUGUCAAGCUCCGGUUUUAAGCCGCCAACCAAUUCCCUGGGCUUUUCCAGCUCCCACCCUACCAGCCCUUCAUCCCUUUUGCCAACAGAAACCACCUUGGCUCAAACCUCUGAGAUUUCAAAGGCAAAGCUGGAAUCUGAACCCCCUUCUCCGAGCCUGGAGAUGAAGAUCCACAAUUUCUUGAAGGGAAAUCCUGGCUUCAGUGGCCUGAACUUGAAUAUUCCCAUUCUCAGCAGCUUAGGGUCCAGCAUCACAACAGAGAGUCACUCAUCUGACUUCCAGCGUGCUCCUACCAGCACUUCCAUGGAUAAUGUGGAUGGAACGCCGGUGCGGGAUGAGCGGAGCGGGACACCCACCCAGGAUGAGAUGAUGGAUAAACCCUCAUCAAGCAACGUCGACACCAUCUCCUUGCUCUCCAAAAUCAUGAGCCCUGGCUCCUCUACUCCUAGCAGCACCAGGUCACCUCUGCAGAGCCGGGAUGAUGGAUAUUCCCAAGAGCUUCCCAAUUCUGUGCACACCUACCGACCCUUCAGCCUCGGCAGAGAGUCACCAGCUGGUCUGUACAAGCAGCCUGCAGACAGCAUGGAGAUGCCCUCGUCGCUGGGGAUGGACUCUUCCCAGGAGAAGUUUUACCCCGACACCUCUUUCCAGGAGGAUGAGGAUUACCGUGACUUUGAUUACUCUGGCCCACCGCCCUCGGCCAUGCUGAACCUGGAGAAGAAGCCCACCAAAUCUAUCUUGAAAUCGAGCAAGCUCUCCGACACCGCCGAGUACCAGCCGGUGCUGUCCAGCUACGGCCAGAGGUCACAGGAGUUCGGUGUGAAGUCCUCCUUCCCACAGGCCAUGAGGUCCAUCCUGGAUCAGAGCGAGAGCUGCGACCCGCUAGCAGCAUCCCCCGGCAUGUACGGGAGCUACGGCCUGAGGGGCAGUGACUCUGCCUCAGAUGGCUCCCCAUCACCCAGCAAGAGCGAGGUGUUCUUCACCCCAGACUCCAACCACAACAACCUGAGCAAGUCAGGGGUGCACUCUGGCCUCUCGCAGAAGCAGUACCCAGACUCCCCCCACUCGCUUUCCCACCGCUCGCUUUUCUCUUCUCAAAACGCCCUCUCCAGCCCUGCAGGCCGAGCGCCGGCAGCUGGUGUGGAGAAAUCCUUGGCUUCUUCCAUUUCUGCCACCUCCACCAUCGAGUUCAAGAACAUGCUCAAAAACGCCUCCCGCAAGCCCUCUGACGAGAAACAUUUUGGCCCCAUGUCCAAAAGCAGCUCUGGAGAUGGGGUGAGUUUGUCCGGGGCUUCCAAGGGCGAGCCAGAGGAGCACUACCGCAUCGAGACCCGCGUCUCCUCCUCCUGCCUGGACCUGCCCGACAGCACGGAGGAGAAAGGGGCUCCCAUCGAAACCCUGGGCUACCACAACGCCUCCAGCCGCGGGAUGCCUGGAGAGCCCAUCCAGACUGUGGAGUCCAUCCGGGUGCUGGGCAAAGGGAACAGAGGACACGGGCGAGAGGCAAGCCGUGCAGCCACAGGCUGGUUUGAGAUGGGCAGCGGCGGAGGCGCCUUCGAUAAUGGCCCCUCGGCCACGGCGGAGCUUCCUGGCAUGGGUGGGUUCCCAGCGCCCUACAAGGAGCACGUGGCCCCCUUCCAGGAGAGCGUCAACAACUUCCGCACCAACAGCUUCAGCCCCGCAUUCGAGCACCACCUGCCUCCACCCCUCGCGCCGCCCCCCAUCGAGCACGGCGCUCCCUUCCCGAGGGACCCGGUGGGGCCUCCCGCCGGGCCCCCCCCUCCUCCCGCCAAGGACCACGGCAGCCUCUUCCCGAGGGAUCACUCGGUGCCCCCUCCCCGCAUGCCGUCGGUGGAUCACACCAACCCUUUCUCGAAGGAAACCUCUGCUCCGCUGUCCCUGCCUCUCGGCGUCCCACCUCCUCCUUCUGUGGAGCACGCUGGGGUCCCCUUCCCCACGCCCCCACCACCCCCUGUCCCUGGGGAGCAUGCCGGGGUCCCCUUCACUACCCAGCCGCCGCCAACCGGGGACCACAGUGCUGGUGGCCCUCCCUUCCCCGCGCCUCCGCCCCUAGCGGUGGACCACCAAGGGACGAUGAAAGAGCAUUUCCCUGUGCACCCUGCGCCCCGGGAGCCCUCGGCACAGCCCCAGCAGCGGGACCACACUGCAGCCCCCCUGUCCCGCUCCCGCGAGACCGUGGGGCUCACUCCCCUCCCCAGGGAGCAGCUGGGGGCUGCCCAUUCCAUGGGGCCCCCAGCUCACAGGGACAGCGGCCGUGGCGGUGGGGCAGUGCUGGUCAGGACCCCCCGUGCUGACUUCAGGCCACGGGAGCCUUUUGUUAGCAGAGAUCCCUUCCAUAGCCUGAAACGGCCCCGGCCACCCUUUGGCAGGGGGGGGGCCCCUUUCUUUGCCCCAAAACGCCCCUUCUUCCCCCCCAGGUACUGAAGCUCCUGAG